AUGGUCCGUGCUUCAAAGUCUCCAUGGGCAUCCCCCAUCGUUAUUAUCGUGAAGAAAAACGGGGUGGAUAUCCGGUUCUGCGUCGACUAUAGACUUGUCAACCGUCUAACGCGGCUGAUGGUCUACCCCAUGCCAUUGGCAACAGACCUGCUUGAAGACCUGGACAAGUACAAGUGGUACUGCUCCCGAGGCAUGGUCAGCGGUUUCUGGGUGGUUCCAAUGACAGAACGUGCUAGGCUCAUAUCAGCCUUCAUCACUCCGUUCGGCCUGUUCGAAUGGUUACGCAUGCCCUUCGGACUGUGCAACGCUCCGCAGAUAUAUCAACGGCUCAUAGAUAACGCGUUGUACGGGUUCUGGAAGGUGUCGCCCGCCGACGACACCCGCGAUUUGUUCAACGACGGAGAUCUAGCGAAGCCCGGAACGAGGUCGGUGUUAGAGUGGCAUCUGUCGAUUAGCGUCGAGAAGAGCGAGUGGGGUGUGUCACGGGUGGCGUACCUGGGCCACGAGGUAUCGGAGUUCAUCCCUAAGUUCGCGAUCUACGCAACGGCGCUAUAUUCGCUCUCGGGACGCGAUUUUGGCGAGUACGUCAUGGACCCGAAAGCCUGCAACCAUGAAAAGUGGGUGCACGCCAAACGUGCGUUCGAAGCACUCCGAGCGAAGAUCGCGACGACCCCGAUGCUGAGACAUUUCGAUGCGGAGAAGCAACCCGUCGUGAUAUUGUACUCGAGUGACUGGGCCAUCUUGGUCGUACUUGCGCAAGUACACGAUGGCGUGUACAUGCUGAUGAAGUUCACGAGUCGAACGCUGAAGCCCAACGAGUUGAACUACAACAUCACCGAGAAGGGGAUCCUGGCGCUGCUGCAAGAUUUGAACGACGGGUAUACCAUGCUGGUCGGGAAAACCAUACGCGUGCUUACGCAACCCACGGCAUUGGGAUGGCUGUUCCGGACCAAGGGUUUGCAGGGACGGUUCUCACAAUGGGCGGCGAUCCUCUCACCUUGGAAGUUGGAGGUCCAGCGAUCCACGAGAGGGGAAGAGGAAAUCCUCGGGGCCCUGCCGACGGGCAUCACACCGCGUGCACAUGUCGAUACAACCCUGGAAGAGAUCGCCCCUCGGAAACGGAUACCACGGACGACCACAAUCCCCGUGCUGAAGAUCGGAACGGCAGAGAGGCUUCACGUCGUAAGCUUCGACGGGUCGGCGCGAGUCAAGCGAGAAGGCGGAGCGUUCAGCGCAAUCGUUUGGGAGCUGCCGAACUGGGACGUAGUACGCGCGGCCUCGGUGUACGCAGAGGACCUCACGGUCAACGAGGCAGAGUACCGAGUAAACCGAACGACGACCACGCGAAAGCCGGGCGUUCUGCAGGAACUCGUAGUGCAACGUAUCCGCUUGGACCGGGUCCGCGUGACACAAGAAGAGGAGCUCUGGAUAUCCAACCUGAAGCAAUUCCUGAAAGGGAAUAUCGGCGAGCUCUCGAUACGUGAGGUGAGAGACUGUGUCAAACUCGCGGGCCAGUACGAGGUGGGUGAAAGCGACCUGCUGUACUACCAUGUGCGGGGAAACGAGUCGGCCGAAGCCCGGGAUGUAAUCAUGAAGAUCGUGGUUCCGGAGACACUUCGUGAUGAUAUACUGCACCACUACCACGCUAGUUUGGAAGGUGGACACCAAGGCAUAGGCCGAACCUACCAGCGCAUCCGGCAACAUUUCCAUUGGCUGGGCCUGUUCGAAAGCGUGCAACGCUACGUGGGAGAAUGGGAGUCGCCCGGAAACAUCGUCGCGACGUACCCAUUCCAGGUCAUAGCGAUGGACCAUAUCUUGUCGUUGCCCGCGUCGCACAAGGGAAACACGGAGCUACUGGUAUGGGUGGACCUAUUCACGGGUUUGUCAUAG